AUGAGGUCCGCCGCAAAAAUUUUCUACACGGCAGUCUUUGCCUUUGUGAGCUUAGCAAACGCCGAGGGGCAUGGCUCCUCCGAAGUGGACCCGAUGAACAAAUGCGCUAUUGACCCAACGGCCAUGGUGUCUGAUGCGUGCGUCUCGUACGGUACCAUCAACAAACUAAACGACGAAAUCUAUACUCUUCUCCAAUCUAUCACCCUUGAAACCGACUUUUUCUCCUACUACCGAUUGAACCUCUUCAACAAAGAAUGCCCUUUUUGGUCGGACUCCAGCAGCAUGUGCGGCAACAUUGCUUGUUCUGUGAAUACCAUCGAAUCCGAAGAGGACAUACCCCUGGUCUGGCGCUCCGAGGAACUGAGUAAGUUGGAGGGCCCGAAAGCCAACCACCCGCCCCGUAAAGUCCAGGCGGAGCGUCCCAAAGAACGCCCACUCCAGGGCAUGCUUGGUGAGGGCGUUGGUGAGAGUUGUGUGGUCGAAUACGAUGAUGAAUGUGACGACCGGGACUAUUGCGUCCCCGAGGAUGAAGGCUCGACCGGCAAGGGAGACUAUGUGAGCCUGGUUGACAACCCGGAACGAUUCACUGGGUAUGCGGGAGCGGGUGCCCACCAAGUUUGGGACGCUGUCUACCGUGAGAAUUGCUUCAUGAAGCCCGUAGCCGAGGAGUUGGAGGAACAGUCCCUCAAUCUACCCAUGGGGGGUCUCCAAGCGGCUUCCGACUUCCGCAACGUGUUGCAGAAGGAGUCGCAGCGUCUCGACGGCUUGCCUUUGGACAAUGAGUGCCUGGAGAAGCGAGUCUUCCACCGCCUGAUUAGCGGGAUGCAUGCCUCAAUCUCCACGCAUCUGUGCUGGGACUACCUUAACCAGACCACGGGCGAGUGGCACCCCAACAUGCAGUGCUACAAGGACCGGCUACACAACCACCCGGAGCGCAUCUCAAACAUGUACUUCAACUACGCCCUGGUCUCGCGUGCCGUAGCCAAGCUGCGCAAGCACUUACAAGGGUAUACUUUCUGCACCAGUGACCCGGACCAGGAUAUCGAGACCAAGCAGAAGAUCAACCAACUGACUGACGUUCUCUCGCGCCCUCCUCAAAUCUUCGACGAGAACUUGAUGUUCCAAGACCCGAGCGCGGAGGGCCUCAAGGAGGACUUCCGUAACCGUUUCCGCAAUGUCAGCCGACUGAUGGACUGCGUGGGAUGCGACAAGUGCCGGCUCUGGGGCAAGCUGCAGGUGAAUGGAUAUGGAACCGCGCUCAAAGUCUUGUUUGAAUAUGAUGAGACCAAGAACGGCGAAAAUCCCCUCCUACGCCGCACGGAGCUGGUCUCCCUGAUCAACACUUUGGGCCGUAUCUCCCAUAGUCUGGCCGCAGCGCGCAGUUUUCACGAAGCCCUGGCCGCGGGACAGGAGAAUGCAUUCCCGCUCCGGCACUCUGCGCCCUCAACGCACACCCAUGUCGAAACCAAAGCUGAGGAUAAGCCCAAAAAGAAGCUCUUCCAUGACGGCAGUGGACGAUUCUACUAUGAGAACGAUGAGGACACGUAUAUCUACGGACGGGAGAAAAAAGAUCGAAUGCCCUGGGAACGCCCACCCCCAAAUCCCGACGCCAGCGCCUUGGAUGACAUCAAAACGGAGUGGGACAUGGUCUGGGGCACGACCAUGUACGUGUUGCGAAGCUGGGUCGAUAUUCCGCGCACCUUGCUGGAGAUCACCGUCUGGGAAGCCCAAAGAAUCUGGGCCUUCUGGUUAGGUCUGCCUGUGCCUCCUCGUCCCUGGAAGAUCCAGGUUCCUGGCUCAGAUGCUACUCGGCAUCCACCUGCCAACCCGCAUAGCGAACUAUAA